AUUCAGCCCGGAUGAAGAGUCGUUAAACCUUUUCUUAUUUCGGGCAACAGCGGUGAAUAAUUAUCACCACCGGUCAGUCGGUGUUUGUUCUACUCUCGCUGACCCACUCGCCGCUUCGGUGAUGGAGUACGGAAAGGAAAGAGUGGUGGCGCUGGUGGACAUGGACUGUUUCUACGUGCAGGUGGAGCAGAGGCUGAACCCAGCUCUGAGGAACACGCCGUGUGUCGUGGCCCAGUACAAGACGUGGAAAGGAGGCGGCAUCAUAGCUGUGAGCUACGAGGCCAGAGCCCAUGGUGUCACCAGGAAUAUGUGGGUGGACGACGCCAAGCAACGAUGCCCGGAUCUGCAGGUGGCACGAGUGCGAGAGUCUCACGGCAAGGCAGACCUGACGUAUUACAGGGAGGCGAGUGUGGAGGUGAUUGAGGUGAUGUCCCGCUUCGCUGUGAUUGAGAGGGCCAGCAUCGAUGAAGCCUACAUGGAUCUGACUGCUGCAGUCCAGCAGCGGCUGAAAAGCAUGACUGACGGACAAGUGGACCCCCACCUGCUGAGGACAACCUACGUUCAGGGGUAUCCACAGACUGCACCGGAAGAAGAAGCGUCUGCAGAGGACCCUGUGUUGGAUAAAGAGGAGCAGAGGUCCAGAGGUCUGCGGCAGUGGUUGGCGUCUUCAUCUGUCUCCCUGUCAGGGAAACAGGGCUCUGCAGAACUACAGUUAACUGUAGGGGCACUCAUUGUUGAGGAAAUGAGGGCAGCCAUUGAGAAACACACAGGUUUCCGUUGUUCAGCAGGAAUAUCACACAAUAAGGUAUUGGCCAAACUAGCCUGUGGUCUGAACAAACCAAACCGACAAACUAUUUUGCCUCUAGACUCUGCAACAGAGCUUUUUACCUCUCUACCCAUCAGCAAGAUACGUAACCUUGGAGGCAAGCUGGGUGCCUCCAUAGCAGAAACCCUGGGAAUAGAAACAAUGGGAGACCUGACUCGCUUCUCUCAAGCCCAACUAGGACAGCACUUUGGCGAGAAAACAGGCCAAUGGCUUUACGACUUGUGUCGAGGGAUUGAGUUUGAAGCAGUGAAACCCAGGCAGCUACCAAAGUCUAUUGGCUGCAGUAAAAACUUUCCUGGAAAGACCUCUCUGGCUACAAAAGAACAGGUACAGUAUUGGCUUAAUCAGCUGGCCCUGGAGCUGGAGGAGAGACUGACCAAAGAUAGAGACGCGAAUGGUCGAGUGGCUAAGCUGCUGACGGUUGGUGUGCGUCAGUUGGGAGACAAGAGGCCAAGCAGCUUCUCUCGCUGUUGUGCUCUAUCACGCUAUGAAGCAACUAAAAUAUCCAGCGAUAGCUUUGCUAUUAUCAAGAGUCUCAACACUGCGGGAAGCCAUCAGACAACAUGGUCUCCACCCCUCACCCUCCUACACCUCUCAGCUAGCAAAUUCAGUGACGCUCCAUCAGCAGGGGGGAUAGCUGGCUUCCUUUCCAGCGAUGUCACCUCCACCCAGAGUGGUUUGUCCUCCACUCAGCCCCCAUCUCAACUGAAAAAUGACUCAAUGUGCAAACAGUCUGACAAUAUUAAGUCUUUCUUUCAAAAGGCAGCUGAGAAACAAAAACAGAAAGUAACAAAAGCAGAAGAGGGGGAUGAAGAUGGAAACUCCACAUCUUCCUCUCACAAAACCUCUGGACCCGACUUUAAGCUGGGGACAGUUUUUAGCCUACCUGCUGCUUCAGUUACACUUCCUCCUCAGUCUAAAAAUGAUUCCAGCAGCCCUUGUUCUGCCAUUUCAUCUUUCUUUCACAAGAAGACUCUUCAAAGAAGCAUACAGGACUCAGCCUCAACACAGAGCAAGCCUGAAAUGGCACCCGAGUCUAUCAAAAAUGAUGACUGCGAAGAAACUGCUGCUCAUGUGAAAGACCAUACUUCUCAGCAGUUUGCCAGUGCACUGGAUACAGAUGCUGAGGUCAAACACCAUUCUCCUAAUGUGGCCAGAGACGACCUGAUAAACUGUGAACGCUGCGGCCAGGAGGUGUCGGUCUGGGAAAUGCCUGAGCACCACGACUACCACUUUGCCCUGGAUCUCCAGAAUUCAUUCAGUUCAUCUGCAGGUUCAGCAGCCACUUCUUCCUCGAGCACCUCCUCCUCUUCCUCUGCAUGUCCUGUCAGAGACAGAGCAGCAGGCACAUCCCAGUCCUCCCGGGGCAAAACAAAAACCAAAGGCCAUUCAGGACCUCAGCCAAAAAGGCAACGCUCUCAAGGUGGAAGUACAGGCACCCUGGAUUCUUUCUUCAAGAGACACUAAUGAUGUGCAGAAUAACUGAUAUUUUUUAAUUCUGAAGUAAUAAAUUACACAUUUCUGAUAUUCAUAAUAUAUUACCAUCUCACCAAUCUGAUUGUUUUAUAAAAAUAGAAUAUUCUACUGGUUUGAAAUGAUCAAUCUUACUAAGCAUUAAAGCAAUGUUUAUAGCAAUUUUUUAUAAAAUAAAGUGAGAUCGCU